GUCCUGACUCACAACUCACCCCCCUGUUCCCUGCCCAUUAUGAAGGUUCUAACAAUCCUUUCACUUGUCGCAUCUUCUAGCGCUUUCGUCUGCAAUUACGGAUGGGGUAAACCGACUGGCGCUACUUGCCCUGGGGUCUAUCCCAAUACGUAUUGUUGCCAAGACCAACAGCAAACAUCUUCACAAUUCCCAAUCUCUCGAAUUUGUUCUUGGCCUGGGAGGUCUGGACAACCCCUUCUUCAAUCAUGCGGUAAUGACGGAUAUGUUGCUUGUUGCCCAUAAAUUCUUCCGCUGUUGAGAUAUAAAGCCACCUCUCGCAAUAGGAUACACGUCGCACAACAGUGUGUCGGGGCGCACGGUGGUGGAGUUCGUGUAUUUUUAUUGACUAGGUCCAUUUUCAACAAUUGGGUCAGCCGGUUCAGGAUUGAAGUGGAGCUUGAGAUUGACAAAAUCAAUUAGAAGCAGCAAUAGUCUCGAUUAAUAAAUUUGGC